ACCUAAACCCAAAAAAACAAUUGGCAGCGCAACCGCCCACAGCUCGUGACGAGGCGACCCAACCCCCCCGUAGCGGCGGCGGCGGCGGCGGCGAGCAAUCCUCCGGUCCGGCCGGCGGAAACACUAGCGGCGGGAGGCAGAGCGUCCAAUGGCGGAGGACGGGGGCAAGGCCGCGGCGGCGUCUGCGGCCGCGGCGGAGGCAGGAGGCGGAGGAGCCAAGGAGGGCGGCGAGGAGAGGACCGUCAAGCUCUUCGUGGGCCAGGUGCCCAAGCACAUGGCCGAGGCCGACCUGCUCGCCUUGUUCCGCGAGGUAGCCGCCGUCGACGAGGUCACCGUCAUCAAGGACAAGGCCACCAAGGUCUCCCGAGGGUGCUGCUUCGUCAUAUGCCCCUCAAGGGAGGAAGCUGACAAGGCGGUGAAUGCCUACCACAACAAGCAAACGCUCUCUGGGGCAUCAAGUCCUUUGCAAGUAAAAUAUGCUGAUGGGGAGUUGGAGAGGCUUGAACAUAAGCUUUUCAUUGGAAUGCUUCCGAAAAAUGUUACAGACACUGAGUUGACUGAUUUGUUUUCCAAAUAUGGGAAUGUCACGGAUUUGCAAAUUUUGAGAGGUUCACAACAAACAAACAAAGCUGGCUGUGCCUUCAUUAAAUAUCAAACAAAAGAUCAAGCAUUGGCAGCUAUUGAAGCUCUAAACGGGAAGCACAAAAUAGAGGGUUCUAGCGUGCCAUUGGUUGUCAAAUGGGCUGAUACAGAAAAGGAAAGGCAGGCUCGGAAAGCACAAAAAGCUCAGUCACAGCUAUCUCAUAUACCCAAUGCAAGUCCAAUGCAGCAGCACUCUUCAGUAUUUGGUGCUUUACAGAUGGGAUAUAUGCCUCAAUACAAUGGAUUUGGUUAUCAGCCACCAGGGACAUACGGACUUAUGCAGUACCCUCUAUCUCCUAUGCAAAAUCAAGGCCCCUUCCAGAAUAUGGUUCAACCUCUUAACCAAGGGAACUCGAUAAGAGGAGUCAAUCCUGAAGUGUCUCCCAGUUCAGUUCAAAGGUCAUUUAAUGCAAUGCAGCUAGGCAGCCCUUAUCCUGCUAUGCCUGGUAUGCAGUAUCCUGGAUCAUAUCCCGGUGGUCCCAUGGGCAACCGUCAUUUGGGAAAUUCUCACAAUCCGAUUAAAGCUCCAAAUUCGAAUGCCAAUUCCACUGUUUCUUCUAGUCCCAGCAGCAAUGCUGGUGGGCAGGUUGAAGGUCCUCCUGGAGCCAACCUAUUUAUUUAUCAUAUCCCACAAGAAUACGGUGACCAGGAGCUUUCCAGCGCCUUCCAGAGUUUCGGAAGAGUAGUAAGCGCUAAGGUGUUCGUAGAUAAAGCAACGGGCGUGAGCAAAUGCUUCGGUUUUGUGAGCUACGACUCUCCUGCCUCCGCGCAGGCAGCCAUCAACAGGAUGAACGGCUACCAGUUAGGCGGUAAAAAGCUCAAGGUACAACUGAAGAGAGAAAACAACACCAAGCACAGUAGUAAACCGUUUUGACAGACAAGGCAGCAGCCGUCCGGUACCCGGUACAUAUUAAUUGACCAUCAACACAUUGCAGCAGCAGCCUCAGGGCCUGGGGAGGGAAGAGACCCGUGUACCCCUCUUUGUUCACUUCAACAUUCUUGGAGAUUCGUCAGUCAGCUCAGCUCGUGUAAUUCAUUGCAGCAGACAUAGGCCGUAGCAGCAGUUUGUACCAUGAUCAGAUCACUUGUACACAUGAUUCAUUCAAUUGUUACUGACAGCCGGCUUUCAUCCUAGAAUAAUUCGCUGUGACAACCUUAUCAUUUGCUGACGAAUGAAGUCAGGUAGACUUGUUCAUCUAUGGAAUGAUGGCAACUUUCGAGC